UAUUAUAAGACGGCAGCUAUUUACACUGCGGCAAUGGUUCAUUGUGCAAUGAAAUGUUUUAAAUGCAUAGUCCUAUAAACAUACCAUAUUUCUGCAAUCAGAGGGACAAGUAGAAGCACCAGAAGGAAUGCGGUGUUACAGCAGCACACAUUUCGAUUGUGGUCAAAGCACUUGUGAUUGUGUGUGCGUGCGCGUGUGUGUUUCUGUGUGUGAAUGUGUGUGUUAGAACACCAUGUCUGCAUUGCGUCGAACCGCCUCCCCCCACUCCUCACCCUCUUCGCUCCCUCUCCGCACACGAAACCCACUAAACCAGUGCUGUAUUUUUACAUUAUUAAACGCCGCUUUGCGCAUGUGUAUGUAUCUGUAUGUUUGUAAAUGUGUGUGUGUGUGCGUGCGUGCGUGUGUGUUCAUUCCGCGUAGCCUACUGACUUUCACGUUCUCCUGAAUUAGUCAAUUAGUUCUUCAGCUUCGCGGUGUUUUAGGGCUCAGCUGUGCCAAGAGACCUCUACCAAGUUUGUACGAAAAGAACAAGCUCUCCAAUUUCUGCCCGUGCGGCAGAGUGGAAACGGGGCCACAGUCCGCCCGGUGGCCCCGGUUGCGCUAAGGCAGCGCUUUCAGCUCCUGAGCUGUUGAGCCGCUCGCAAAUUGCUGCUGUAUCUCCUCCAGCUCCGCCUUGCUUCUCCUUACCAUGCUCGCCGCUCUAUGUUUCCCUCCUUCCUCACUGUCAGCAUGGUCUUAAAAAGCCUUUUUCGCCGGUACUCUGUACUCCAGCUCUCCAGCCAUUUCCGAACGUGGUCGCCGCGAUCGGCGCCGGACACAGAUGACAGAAACGCGUUGUGUGCGGGUAUCAAGCCAGGCGACAAAGCCGAUGGAUAUCUGAGAGAGUAUGGGAAUAUCUGAAGGAGUAUGGUAAAGUGACACAGCCAUCUUAAAACCAACUAAUUCUCUAACUGAUUGUGGACCCCCUCUCGGCAUUCUUGUUCACCAGAUUCCUCUUCACAUCUAAAGGAGCAUUCUGUGUCCCCAGUAUCCAGCGGCUGCACCACUUGUGCUCUGAACUCCUUCAUGUCCACAUCAUAAAAAAAAAAAAAAUCAGGAGGCUGGAACUGCUGAGUUGGCAAAGAGCUCCACUGGUCAAUUCAUUCGUUUCUCCCCAACAGUAGUAGAGAACAGAGAUAGCAGCACCAGUGAGAGCUGCUACAGAGAAUUCAAUAACAGAGACAUCAACAGGAGAAUCACAGCAGUGUGGAAAAGCUAUGGUCAAGUCAGUGAGAAGCACAGAACAACACUGAGGAAGAGUAACCCAUCCCUCACGUGGAGAACAGCUCAUGUGAAGGGCUGACUGCAGGGGAUCAAACACAACCCCACAUCUCUGGCAGCACACAGAGCUCAACCCUCAACAUGACUGUAGUGGCUGGAGACAACAUGGAUGAGACCUCGGUGCUGCCGGGCCACCCUCAGGACAACUACCCGCCUGACCAUGAUGACCACGAGUGCUGUGAGCGGGUAGUCAUUAACAUUGCAGGACUGCGUUUUGAAACACAGCUCAAAACUCUGGCACAGUUUCCUGAGACACUGCUUGGCAACCCCAAGAAGAGAAUGCGUUACUUUGACCCUCUAAGAAAUGAGUAUUUUUUUGAUAGGAACCGACCCAGCUUUGAUGCCAUCCUCUACUACUACCAGUCUGGAGGGAGGCUGAGAAGACCCGUCAAUGUCCCACUAGAUAUGUUCUCAGAGGAGAUCAAGUUUUACGAGCUUGGAGUAGAAGCCAUGGAAAAAUUUCGGGAGGAUGAAGGAUUCAUUAGAGAGGAAGAGCGUCCUCUGCCUGAAAAAGAGUUUCAGCGCCAGAUCUGGUUGCUGUUCGAGCACCCAGAGAGUUCGGGUCCUGCAAGGGGGAUUGCCAUAGUUUCAGUGAUGGUCAUCCUCAUCUCCAUCGUCAUAUUUUGUCUGGAGACUUUACCUGAGCUGAAGGAAGACCCUGCAGGGCGAAUACAGAUGGAGGGGAACAGUACCUUUUACUACAAACCAAACAUUUUCACAGACCCCUUCUUCACAGUGGAGACCCUCUGUAUCAUCUGGUUCUCCUUUGAACUCAUAGUGCGGUUUUUGGCAUGCCCAAGCAAGGCAGCCUUCUUCAAAAACAUGAUGAACACGAUUGACAUCGUGGCUAUCAUCCCUUACUUCAUCACACUGGGGACAGAGUUGGCAGAGGAUCAGGACCGCAAGGAAGUGAAGGGUGAGCAGGCAACCUCCUUGGCCAUCCUUAGGGUCAUUCGCCUGGUCAGAGUCUUCCGGAUCUUCAAGCUGUCUAGACAUUCCAAGGGGCUUCAGAUCCUGGGGCAAACACUGAAGGCCAGCAUGCGUGAGCUCGGCUUGCUCAUCUUCUUCCUAUUCAUUGGAGUCAUCCUCUUCUCCAGUGCUGUGUACUUUGCUGAAGCGGAGGAGAAGGAGUCAUAUUUCACCAGCAUCCCCGAUGCCUUCUGGUGGGCUGUGGUGUCAAUGACGACUGUGGGCUACGGAGACAUGUAUCCUGUGACCAUAGGGGGCAAGAUUGUGGGCUCUCUCUGCGCCAUUGCAGGGGUGCUGACCAUAGCCCUACCUGUUCCUGUGAUUGUGUCCAACUUUAACUAUUUCUACCAUAGGGAGACAGAGGGAGAGGAGCAGGCACAGCUCCUGAAUGUCAGCAGCCCCAACAUAGCAUCAGAUACCAACUCAAGUCGUCGAAGCUCCUCCAGUGUCAGCAAAUCAGAGUACAUGGAGAUUGACGAAGACAUCAACAACAGCAUUGACAACUUCAGGGAAGCUAACCUGAGAACUGGCAACUGCACCCUCACCAACCAAAACUGUGUGAACAAAAGCAAGCUGCUGACAGAUGUUUAG